CCUCCCUCUUCUACUUAUUGUUCUCCUCCCCUUCUCUCUCCUCUUCUCUCAAGAACACUCUUCUGCCUAGCGAACAUGGCCGCCACCAACACCACCUCCACUGUUUCAGUGCAACCUGCACAGCCAUUUCCGCCGGCCUCCCUCUACGUCGGAGAUCUCGACUCCACCGUCUCAGAGAGCCAGCUGUAUGAGAAGUUCUCCGCCACUGCCCCUGUUAUCUCUGUUCGAAUCUGCAAGGAUAAUGCCACCGGGAGAUCGCUCUGCUACGGCUACGUUAAUUUCCCUUCACGUUCUGACGCCGAGAAGGCAAUUCAGAUGCUGAAUGGCAGCCUUUUGAGUGGGAAAGCUAUAAGGAUUAAUUGGUCUCGCAGAGACCCACAAACACGAAAGAACUCCGCGGCCAAUCUGUUCGUCAAGAAUCUUAGUGACAAGAUUGAUCACAAUGGGCUCAACGAGAUGUUUGCGAAAUACGGGAAUAUCCUGUCAUGCAAGGUCGCCAUGGGCGAUGAUGGGAAAAGCAGGGGAUUUGGUUUUGUUCAGUUUGAAAAAAUGGAAGAUGCCGACAAAGCUGUUACUAAUAUGAAUGGCACCGUGGUGGGAGGAAAGCCAUUGUAUGUCGGAAGGUUUGUCAAGAAGAACGAACGGGUGGUACCAAACGCAGAAAAUAACUUUACGAACCUCUAUGUGAAGAACUUGGACCAGGACGUGGUGAAUGAAGAUGUGCUCAAGGAAAAAUUUUCUGAACUUGGUGAUGUUUCUUCAUGUGUCGUUAUGAGGGACGACCAAGGAAAGCCGAGAGGAUUUGGGUUCAUUUGCUACCGUUGUCCAACUGAUGCCAAGAAGGCUGUGGAUGUCAUGAAUGGACAAGUACUUGGUUCAAAGACCAUAUAUGUUGGAAGGGCCCAGAAAAAGGAAGAGCGUAAGAAGAUCCUGCAACACCUAUUUGAGGAAAGGCGAAAGGAGAAGAUUCUGAAGACUCAGGGCUCAAAUGUGUAUGUGAAGAACAUUGUUGAUUCUGUUGAUGAUGAUCAGUUAAAAGAUCAUUUCAGUAGUUGUGGAAAGAUUACUUCAGUGAAAGUGAUGCGUGAUGAUAAGGGGAUGAGCAAAGGAUUUGGCUUUGUCUGCUUCUCCUCUCCGGAAGAAGCGAGUAAGGCAGUGAGCACAUUCCACUCAACAAUAUUUCAUGGAAAACCCUUGUACGUAGCUAUAGCAGAGCUUAAGAAGGUCAGGGAUGCCAGACUGCAGAUUUUACACUCUCAACGUGUACCUGGAUUAACCACAGCGAGUCCUCCUGCCGCACAAGCUACUAAUUACUCUCCAAUAUACCUUUCACAUUCACAAGAUGUUAUGGUUCCCCACUUCAGCAGCUCACCUCAUCAAGCUAUUCUGUACCCAAGAUUGGGCUGGAAGUUAGGUGGAAUACUGCCAAAGCAAGGAUUGCAUGAUACCAUGCCUUUGCCCAUGAGGCAGCAAAAGCAAUUCAAGGGGCAUAUUAAUGGAUUCGCACCUUCACCUGUCCUGCAGCAUGCUCCAUUCGUCGCACAUUGGCAGCUACCCGUUGAGCAGCAGUUUUCUAAGCAUGCCACCAACUAUCAAAAACAUGAGAAGAACAAUGGACAAGUUUUUCCCAAAGCAACCAUGGCUAACGGUGGAUUAGGCAAGCCUGCAAUCUUUCCCUUCAGCCCUCAAAGCAGCAUGAACGUAUUGAGUGGACAGCUCGCCCUAGCUUCUCCUGAGAAGCAGAAACAGAUGCUUGGGGAACAUCUUUUCCCUCAUGUUCAGAGAUUGCAGCAUGAUAUGGCUGGGAAAAUAACAGGUAUGCUUCUAGAGAUGGAGAACCCAGAUUUGCUGUUGUUACUUGAGUCACCCGAUGCACUAGCUGCAAAAGUGGAGGAAGCAAUGCAGGUCUUGAAGCUGUCAAAGACGAAGUUGGAUUCUAAGGAAGCGACAAACGGGAAUCAACAGCCUGUUGAAGUUACUGCUAACUGACUUCUACCUGCCUAUUUGACAUUUGUUCCCAUUCAAACAGAGAAAUAUUCAGCCUCUUCCUAUUUUCUGAUUUUCCUCCUCAGACUAUUCCCAUUCAUGAUUUGGUCAUUCUCAUGUAAUUUUUGGCUGUGGUUUUAGGAUGCCUAGAUUGAACUCUCUGCAUGUAGUUGAUGGUCAUAAUGAUGCAGCUGUGUUCAAAAUUUUGAUUGUUAUAACAUGUCACAGUUUUUUUGCCAGAAAUCU